AUGAUCGAGGGAGACCAGACUUCCCUGCUGGUGGUUGACAAAGAGACAGACAGCCUAUAUAAACUGGCUUGUUUUUCCCCAUUUUUCUACUACCAAAGUCAAGAACUGCCUAAUGGUUCUGUCAAGGAGGCUGCGGGUCCCACUCCUGUUCCUCUGGAGGUCCCAAGUGCAGAUCCUACAGAGGAAGCAGAGGAUCAUAAGCCUAAACUCUGCAGGCUGGAGAAAGGUGCAAACGGCUAUGGCUUUCACUUAAAUGUGAUUCAAGGUCGGCCGGGCUCAUUCGUCAAAGAGGUACAGAAAGGCAGCCCUGAUGACCUGGCUGGGCUGGAGGAUGAGGAUGUCAUCAUUGAAGUGCUCGACGAACCCUAUGAGAAGGUGGUGGACAGAAUCCAGAGCAGUGGGGAAAACGUCACACUCUUAGUCUGCGGAAAGGAAGCCUAUGAGUAUUUCCAAGCUAAGAAAAUCCUCAUUGUGUCCUCCAUGGCUCUUCCACCGGCUAUCCCCCCAGGUGCCAAAGAAACACCUGUGGAAUCAGAGAACGAUCCGCACAUGGCAAGAGAACGAGCACAUAGUACAGCCUCGAAUUCUUCUGCCAGUUCUGAAGAUACCGAGCUGUAAUGAGAAUGAAUUAUGGCUUUGGCUGAAAGCUGUUUCUGGAUAUUUAAUACAAAUUCUUGAAGGAAGGAGCUGCCAUUUGUUUACUGUCUGUUAGAGGAGAACUCCUUUGGAAACCAUUUAUCAUGUCUUUUGCUGUCAUCCUUCUGAGGGCCACUAUUGCAGAUGGCUUCUUUCUGGGUGACUUAGGAAGAACUAUGGCAGGAGCCGGAUUCUUCUCAUGUGAUCUCUUCCAAGCUUCAACUUGACCUCCUUCCUUUGUAUGGUAUCUCCUGCCCUGACAAGUUCCCUG